CAAGUACAUAUAUAAGGGCUCUGUGUUUACAACAAAGUUAGCUUGUUGGAAGUCUUUGUUUUCGCCGCUGACAAACACAAAAAUGUCUCCGCUGUGUUACAGUCUAUCUAAUCUUUCAUAACCAUCCGAGGCAAGAAAAGACCGCGCCAAACUUUUUCAGGACACGAGAUUUGUUUUUGUCAAUACUUCUCUCUCUCUUUCUCUCUUACCCUCUUUCUCUCUCUAUCUUUCUUUCUUUACUUGUAAUAGAAGAAGACGUCUCGCCUGGCAUCUUUUGCAAAAAGGUCAUCCUAUACAGAGAGUUUCUAUUGAAGGUGUCAGCCAUGGUGUUGAUUCUGGGCAGAAGGUUAAAUAGGGAGGACUCUGGGAUCAGAGACUCACCAGCUGUCAAACGCAAGGUGUUUGAGGUUGAAUCCAAAACCUCAGGCAACCAGGAUGUCUUGGACUUCUUCUCUGGCUCAUCACAUUCAGAGGGCAUCCUGCAGGUGUUCAAUGAGUUUCGUGAUUGCCGCCUUUUCACUGAUGUGGUCAUCAGCGUGCAGGGCCGCGAGUUCCCCUGCCACCGUGCUGUUCUCUCUGCAUGCUCUUCCUACUUCAGAGCCAUGUUCUGCAACGAUCAUCGUGAGAGCCAUGAGAUGUUGGUUGAGAUCAAUGGCAUUCUGGCCGAGGCCAUGGACUCCUUUCUCACCUAUGUUUACACGGGCCGUGCAAAGAUCACUACUGAGAAUGUCCAGUUCCUCUUUGAAACCUCCAGUCUCUUCCAGAUCAACACACUGCGUGAUGCUUGUGCAAAGUUCCUGGAGGAUCAGCUGGACCCAUGCAACUGCCUGGGCAUCCAGCGUUUCGCAGAUGCACAUUCUUUGGAGCAGCUAGCCAGCCGCUGCCGCAGUUAUGCCUUGGCCAACUUCUCAGAGGUGGCGCAGCACGAAGAGUUCCUUGACCUCCGCAAAGAAGAGCUGAUGGGCUACAUUAACAGUGAUGAGCUGAGUGUUCUCAAAGAGGAGAUGGUGUUUGAGGCAGUCUUGCGGUGGGUGUACCACAGUGUGGAGAACAGGAAGCCCAUGCUGAAGGCUCUGCUUCACCACGUUCGCUUGCCCCUGCUCCAUCCCAACUACUUUGUCCAGACAGUAGAGGGAGAUCAGCUCAUCCAGAAUGCUCCAGAGUGCUACCAGCUUCUCCACGAGGCCAGGCGUUAUCACGUGCUAGGAAAUGAAAUGAUGUCACCCAGAACUCGUCCUCGCAGGUCAACUGGCUACUCAGAAGUGAUUGUGGUGGUUGGUGGCUGUGAGCGAGUUGGAGGCUUCAAUCUGCCCUAUACUGAAUGCUAUGAUCCAGUCACAGGAGAGUGGAAAUCAUUGGCUAAACUUCCUGAGUUCACUAAAUCAGAAUAUGCUGUCUGUGCUUUGCGCAAUGACAUCCUGGUGUCAGGCGGUCGCAUCAACAGCAGGGAUGUGUGGAUGUACAACUCUCAGCUCAACCUGUGGAUCAGAGUGGCUUCACUUAACAAAGGUCGUUGGAGACACAAGAUGGGUGUGCUGCUGGGAAAGGUUUAUGCGGUGGGUGGCUAUGAUGGCCAGAGCCGUCUGAGCAGUGUGGAGUGUUAUGAUUCCUUCUCCAACCGCUGGACAGAAGUGGCUCCUAUGAAAGAGGCAGUCAGCUCUCCAGCUGUGGCCAGCUGUGCUGGCAAGCUCUUUGUUAUUGGAGGAGGGCCAGACGAUGAGACUUGUUCAGACAAGGUUCAGUGCUAUGAUCCAGAUUCAGAUACUUGGUUGCUACGAGCCAACAUCCCCAUCGCUAAGCGCUGUAUCACAGCCGUGUCCCUAAACAACCUGAUCUAUGUGUGCGGUGGACUCACCAAGUCCAUCUUCUGCUACGACCCUGCAGAAGACUAUUGGAUGCAUGUAGUUCACACCUUUGCCAAACAGGAGAGCUGUGGCAUGUCAGUGUGUAACGGUAAGAUCUUCAUCCUUGGUGGCCGAGGGGAAAACGGUGACGCUACAGACUCAGUCCUGUGUUAUGACCCGGCAACAGGCAUCAUCACUGGAGGUGCAAACAUGCCGCGACCCAUCUCCUACCAUGGCUGUGUAACCAUCCACCGCUACAAUGACAAGUACUACAAGCUAUGAUUGCAAACACACAUGGAUGCAAACUUUCUGUGAGGACACACUUAGGAACUUAAACUGUUUAAGCACAUAAGUGCAUCCCAUGCCCAGCCAUAUACUUUAUUUUUCUUUCUAUUUUUCUUAACGACAGACAUAGUACCAGUGAGCUAAUUUAUUUCUUUCCAUCAUGUAGUAUUACUCAUUGUGGCGCUGCCAAUCUUUUUUUUUUUUUUUUCCUUUCAUUUUUUUCUCUCGGUAGUCACUGCUAGAAUGUGGAAAUAUUCAAUAGCUGAUAAUAAAGAAACAUGAGCUACACUGAAAGCAGAUCAGCAUGAUUGAUGUGCCUUGUUAAGUAAGUAAUCCAUUUUAUGGCAGCAAAUAUUUGUGGAAACACAGUUAGUUGUUGAUUGGCACUUUAUUGAAUAUGUUGAGUAUGAAUAAAUUACAGCUUUAGCUUAGACACUGAUAUUUAACCUUUGGGACACUUGCUUGGUAAUAUUCACUGAGUUUUCUCAUUACAGUUUUUUACUUUUUUUAUUAUUAUUUUGGUCAAGUCAUCACUUAACUUCCCAACACUGUGCUUUUAUUACAAAAACAAUGUCACGCUGAGAUCCAGGUUGAAAAUAAAAUGAAGCGAUCACAGACCAUGGUGACGAGCAAAUACACCAUGCAAUAUUCAAAAUGUCCUUACGGAGCCAAGAGUGACCCGUCUAGAGAUGACUCACAUCGAUCUCUUCUUGUCAGACUGCUCAGCCAUCAGGCCAAAAUUCCAACCAUGUGUAUCGUGCACCAAACAAAUAUGUUUUUACAGCAGAGUGCAGCCCAGCAAGUAUUAUCCUUGUAAUGUCGCAGAAUUUUUUUUAUAAAUUGCUCAUUGAUGUUUAAUAGAAAUGUGGUUAACAGUCAGCCAGCUGCUUUCCCACAUUCAACUGUCAUGUUUUGUGAUUCGUUUUCAUCCCUCAACCUGAUGCAAAUUUAAACGAACAGAUAAAGAGAAGAGGCUGUAUGAAAUAUUGGAAUGUAGCCAUUGUUAGCUCUGGUCUAUUGUUUCUGUUUGUCUCACAAAUUCCACUUCCCAUGUGUGUUUCCUCUUCCAAGCUCCACCUGUGUCAUCACCUCAUUUUUUUUUUUAUCUAAGUUGCUCUUUUCUCCAGUAUAACUAUUAUUACUCAUUUAAAAUUUUUUAAAAUAUGUUUAAGUUAUACUUGUUUGUCCUUUUUUUAAAAAUUAGAAUUAGAUGUUUAUUGUAUUAUGCUUAGCUUAAGUGUGUCAGUUUAAUAUAAAUGUCAGUGCAUUGGUGUACUGGGCUUGUGGGUGAUUUGUACAUGUGAGAAGCCUUUGUAGAUGAAACUCGAAGACUGUUCUGAAUAAGUAGUGUGCAUGUUUGCUAUAUAUAUGUAUGCAUGUUUGUAUAUGACUUUUAUGACUUAGUCUGAAUCUGUGGGAGCCAAGCAGAUUUAUCAUGAAGCUGCAGUUUAAGCAUUGUGUGACUGCUACAGUAACUUCUGUUAAUAAUACUCUUCUUACUGAUGCUGGCAACUCCCACCUGAAUAUUCACAUGUAAUGAUUUAACUCGGGGUAACCAUAGAUACCUCCCUGUGCGUAUGCCUGUAUGUGUGUUUACUGGUCAGCGAAGAUGUGUAGCACUGCUAUACCUCACACAGGGGGGAAAGAGUUGGGAUGCCGUAGCUCACGGUCAGUUAAGUUUCUUUUUAUUAUUACUAUAAUUGGUAUUGAUGGACUCAAGAAAUUGCUGUGAAUCUAACUUUAAUGGUUUCUUUUUGUAUAAAUGUAUUCUUUUUUUGGGUUGCAUAUUGUGUUACUAUAACUAAAAGCCCCAACUGUGCACUUGGACAGAAUCCUGUUAAAUGUAGAAUGAAAUGAAUGAUUUCCUUUUUGUUUUCUUUUACUGUAUCAGUAAAUGUUUUUUGCUUUCAUGUGAUGUAUAGAAUAGACAGUAAAAAGGCCCAUCAGCUCCUCCUGUUUGCUGAGAUCUGCUGUCCACUGGUGACCUGAUGAAAACAACAAAAGGAGCAAUGUGUAGUGAGAGUUUUUUUUUCUUUUUUUAAUUCAUUGCCUAAAAGGUCCACCCAGAGCAGCACAGAUUUGGACAUCCAUUUGACAAAGAUGUGGGGCUAUUUCAGGUUAAACCAUCUAAUAGGUGUGUUUUAAGAUGGAUGAGUUCUCUGUCUGGACUUCAGUAGUAGUACAGACUAAAAAGAAAACAUCCCCAGCACUUCCCACGCUCCAUUUUGGAGUAAGCUAUGAUAAAGCAGGAGGCCAGCAAGAUGAGAUAAGGAUCAGGAAAGUGGUAAGAAAAAAGAAUUAGAGUUAAAUAGGGAAAAGAGAAACUUUGAGUGUGUGUGCGUCUGUGAUUUCAGCGUAUUUACUUAAACAAGGACACAAACACUGUCCUCUUAUUGAUUUUUCUCUUUUUUUCUUGCCAUUGUUGGCUAUGUAGUGACCUUCAUUUAUUCUCUGAUUUUGAUUCACUGUUCUUUUGUUUGCUUUGAUUUUCUUUCUGUUUGAUUUGUUGUGAUGAGUUGUGGGAUUGUGUGUUGCUGAGAUAUUUUAAUACCAACAUAAAAAUGGAAAUUUGCAAAUGUAACCUGGGAAAGCAGAACAUUUAAAGGUUGAAUAAAGGUUUCAUAUGAAUACAGAUAACAGCCAAAGUGGAUUUGAUAUAGUCCCCAAAGUCUUUCUUUAGAAAACAUCAGCUGUCCCUGCAAACUGUAUGGAAGCUUUAACCUGUUUAUUGCUGCCCUGUUAGCCUUUAAGAAAAAAUAAUGGGUGGACAGUUAAAUCAGAUCCUUUUUAUGUUAACCUUUGUUAUUGUAUGUAUGUCAUUGUUAAACAACUUUCUCCUGGUAUGGUCUUUGUCAAACUGCGAGAAAGAUUUAGAGUUUUGUACUAAAGUAAGCUGAAAUGUAACAUUAACUUUUGUAAAAGGAACAAAAUAAAGUUUUUCUUUCUA